UGCAGGCAUUUCUUAAAAGGCACAUCCAUCAGUACUAAAUCCCUGCUGACCAAAGAUCGAGGAGUAGCUGCCCCUGCGGGAAGUAGUGGAGAGAACAAGAAAGCCAAACCCGUUCCCUGGGUGGAAAAAUAUCGCCCAAAAUGUGUGGAUGAAGUUGCUUUCCAGGAAGAAGUGGUUGCAGUGCUGAAAAAGUCUUUAGAAGGAGCCGAUCUUCCUAAUCUCUUGUUUUAUGGACCACCUGGAACUGGAAAAACAUCCACUAUUUUGGCAGCAGCUAGAGAACUCUUUGGACCUGAACUUUUCCGAUUAAGAGUUCUUGAGUUAAAUGCAUCUGAUGAACGUGGAAUACAAGUAGUUCGAGAGAAAGUGAAAAAUUUUGCUCAGUUAACUGUGUCGGGAAGUCGUUCAGAUGGGAAGCCGUGUCCACCUUUUAAGAUUGUGAUUCUGGAUGAAGCAGAUUCUAUGACCUCAGCUGCUCAGGCAGCUUUAAGACGUACCAUGGAGAAGGAGUCUAAAACCACCCGAUUCUGUCUUAUCUGUAACUAUGUCAGUCGAAUAAUUGAACCUCUGACCUCUAGAUGUUCAAAAUUCCGCUUCAAGCCUCUGUCAGAUAAAAUUCAACAGCAGCGAUUACUAGACAUUGCUGAGAAGGAAAAUGUCAAAAUUAGUGAUGAGGGAAUAGCUUAUCUUGUUAAAGUGUCAGAAGGAGACUUAAGAAAAGCCAUUACAUUUCUUCAAAGCGCUACUCGAUUAACAGGUGGAAAGGAGAUCACAGAGAGAGUGAUCACAGACAUUGCUGGGGUAAUACCAGCUGAGAAAAUUAAUGGAGUAUUUGCUGCCUGUCAGAGUGGCUCUUUUGACAAACUAGAAGCUGUGGUCAAGGACUUAAUAGAUGAGGGUCAUGCAGCAACUCAGUUCGUCAGUCAACUCCAUGAUGUGGUUGUAGAGAAUAAUUUAUCUGAUAAACAGAAGUCCAUUAUUACAGAAAAACUUGCCGAAGUUGACAAAUGCCUAGCAGAUGGUGCUGAUGAACAUUUGCAACUCAUCAGCCUUUGUGCAACUGUGAUGCAGCAAUUAUCUCAGAAUUGUUAAAAAGUGAUUUGAUGUGGGGUUUUGUAAAUAAGGGGGUUGUAAUAAAAAUGACCAAAAGCACCUUUAAA